AGCUGUGCAGCCGCUCCUAACCCGGUGGAUCCUGGGAUUCGGCCUUUGCGGAAGGACGGUCUCGGCGUGCGGACUAGGCCGCUGUUCUCAGGCCCCAACCGGAGUUCCACGUCCUGCUCCAAGCCGAGGCGGUGGCAGUGGCGACGCGGCGGGGACCUCAGAGGGCGCGGCGGCGGCUGGCUGGGGUGCGGAGCCUGACGGGCGGCAGCGGCGGUGCGCAGGCCGUGACGGCCCCUCCCCCGCCCUGAGCGCAGCUGCCGAGGAGGAGGAGGAGGAGGAGGAGGACGGCGCGGGCCCGCCGCGGCGAAGCGGUCACGUAACUGCCUCAGGUUAUGAGUCCCCAGCUUUACCGUCAGAUUUGAGGUCGGCGGCGCUGCGUGGUCCUGCGGCAGGGGGGGCGUCGGUGCGCUCGGAGCGGUGCUGCGGUGACCGCUUGCCCUUGGUUCGGCCUGCCCCGAGGGCGUGUCGGCGGAGCGUUCUCUUUGUAACGUCUGCGGCCUGCAGCGAGCGCAGGGCUUUCCCAUGAAGGUGUCUCUCGGUAACGGCGAGAUGGGCGUCUCUGCCCACCUGCAGCCUUGCAAGGCAGGAACCACGCGGUUUUUCACCAGCAAUACGCACAGCUCUGUUGUAUUGCAAGGCUUUGAUCAGCUCCGCAUAGAGGGGCUGCUUUGUGACGUGACUCUGGUGCCUGGUGAUGGCGAGGAAAUCUUCCCGGUUCACCGAGCCAUGAUGGCGUCUGCUAGCGAUUAUUUCAAGGCCAUGUUCACAGGUGGAAUGAAAGAGCAAGAUUUAAUGUGCAUCAAACUUCACGGGGUGAACAAGAUCGGUCUGAAGAAAAUCAUUGAUUUUAUUUAUACUGCAAAGCUGUCUCUUAAUAUGGACAAUCUUCAGGACACCCUUGAAGCUGCCAGCUUUCUACAAAUCUUACCGGUUUUGGACUUUUGCAAAGUAUUUCUCAUAUCAGGCGUCUCUUUAGAUAACUGUGUUGAGGUUGGCCGGAUUGCUAACACCUACAAUCUUAUAGAAGUGGAUAAAUAUGUAAAUAAUUUCAUCCUGAAGAACUUUCCUGCAUUGUUGAGUACUGGGGAGUUUCUGAAACUCCCCUUUGAACGGCUUGCCUUUGUGCUUUCCAGCAACAGCCUCAAGCACUGUUCCGAACUUGAACUCUUCAAGGCAGCCUGCCGCUGGCUGAGGCUGGAAGACCCUCGGAUGGACUAUGCCGCAAAAUUAAUGAAGAAUAUUCGAUUUCCACUGAUGACACCACAGGACCUCAUCAACUAUGUGCAGACAGUAGAUUUUAUGAGAACAGACAAUACCUGUGUGAAUUUACUUUUGGAAGCAAGCAAUUAUCAAAUGAUGCCAUAUAUGCAGCCAGUGAUGCAGUCGGACAGAACUGCCAUUCGCUCUGAUUCUACUCACUUGGUUACGUUAGGAGGAGUUUUGAGACAACAGCUAGUUGUCAGUAAAGAAUUACGGAUGUAUGAUGAAAGGGCACAGGAGUGGAAAUCCUUAGCCCCCAUGGAUGCUCCUCGGUACCAACAUGGCAUUGCCGUUAUUGGAAAUUUCCUGUAUGUAGUUGGUGGUCAGAGUAAUUAUGACACAAAAGGAAAAACUGCUGUUGAUACAGUUUUCAGAUUUGACCCUCGGUAUAAUAAGUGGAUGCAGGUGGCAUCAUUAAAUGAAAAGCGCACGUUCUUUCACCUGAGUGCCCUCAAAGGACAUUUAUAUGCAGUUGGUGGGCGCAGUGCAGCUGGUGAACUGGCCACAGUAGAAUGUUACAACCCAAGAAUGAAUGAAUGGAGCUAUGUUGCAAAAAUGAGUGAACCGCACUAUGGCCAUGCUGGAACAGUAUAUGGGGGUUUAAUGUAUAUUUCAGGAGGAAUUACCCAUGACACUUUCCAAAAUGAGCUCAUGUGUUUUGACCCAGAUACAGACAAAUGGACACAGAAGGCUCCCAUGACUACAGUCCGAGGUCUGCAUUGCAUGUGUACAGUAGGAGACAAGCUGUAUGUCAUUGGUGGCAACCACUUCAGAGGAACAAGUGAUUAUGAUGACGUUCUAAGCUGUGAAUACUAUUCUCCAACUCUUGACCAGUGGACUCCAAUUGCUGCUAUGCUAAGAGGUCAGAGUGAUGUUGGGGUUGCUGUCUUUGAAAACAAAAUCUAUGUUGUUGGUGGAUAUUCUUGGAAUAACCGUUGCAUGGUAGAAAUUGUUCAGAAAUACGACCCAGAAAAAGAUGAGUGGCAUAAAGUUUUUGAUCUUCCAGAGUCGCUUGGUGGCAUUCGGGCUUGUACUCUCACAGUUUUUCCACCUGAAGAAAACCCUGGGUCACCUUCUAGAGAGUCUCCUCUUUCAGCACCUUCAGAUCAUUCUUAGAUCCGAGGUGUAAUACCUUUUCAGUGGAUCAUGGAUGAUCUCACACUUCCCCUUUAAUUGUCUCUUAUUACUGCAGUUAAUAGACAAAAAGGUAACUUA